ACAGUAAAGUCGCAAGUUGCAUGUGGUUGCAUGAUAAUCACGGUCAAGGUGACCACGUCCGCUCAAGACGUUCAAAUGAACAAAAAUGAUUCGUUGAGCAGAUAUGGACCUCUUGUCGGUGCAAUCGAUGAGGGAACGAGUAGUGCAAGAUUUUUGGUUUUUGCUGCUGAUACAGCAGAAGUAUUAACAUAUCAUCAAGUACCGAUAUCACAGAUAUGCCCAAAAGAGGGAUGGGUUGAACAAGAUGCUUUAGAAAUAUUAGAAGCAGUUAGGGAAUGCCUGAAACAAACUGUAUUUAACUUAAGGCAGUUGACAAUAGAUCCAGCUGAUAUAGUUGCAAUUGGUAUAACAAAUCAAAGGGAAACUACAAUUGUAUGGGAUUCUGUAACAGGAGAACCACUUUACAAUGCUAUAGUAUGGAUGGAUAUGAGAACAACAUCAAUUAUAGAUGAUCUAUUGAAGGAUAUACGCAAUAAUAAUAAAAAUUACUUGAAACCGCUUUGCGGAUUACCAAUUAGUCCAUAUUUUAGUGCAUUGAAAUUGAAAUGGUUGUUAGAAAAUGUACCUCGAGUUCAAGAAGCCUUAGCUGCCAAACGUCUUAUGUUUGGUACCAUCGAUUCCUGGCUAAUUUGGAAUCUGACAGGUGGUGCCAAUGGUGGUGUUCAUUGUACAGAUGUGACGAAUGCUUCGAGAACAAUGUUAAUGAAUAUUAUGACAUUGAAGUGGGAUCCUACUCUAUUAUCAUUUUUUAAAAUACUUCCUGAAAUUUUACCUGAAAUACGGAGCUCUUCUGAGAUUUAUGGUUAUAUACAAGACGAGUUGCUGCAAGGUGUUCCUAUAUCAGGAUGCUUAGGUGAUCAACAAUCAGCUUUAGUAGGUCAGAUGUGUCUACAGCAAGGACAGGCAAAAAAUACUUAUGGCACUGGUUGCUUUCUUCUUUACAACACUGGCACAGCUAUUGUGGAAUCAUCCCAUGGUUUAUUGACGACAGUCGCUUAUCAAUUAGGAGCGCAAGCUUCUCCGGUGUAUGCUCUUGAAGGUUCUGUAGCUAUCGCUGGUGCCGUUAUACAAUGGUUGAAAGAUAAUCUUGGAAUAUUAACUAAUAUAAAAGACUGUGAAACUAUUGUCGAACAAAUGCCUGCAGGGUCCAAUCAUAUUGUUUUUGUACCAGCAUUUUCUGGAUUAUAUGCUCCAUACUGGAGGAAAGAUGCACGAAGUGUCAUAUGUGGUAUUAGCGAAAAUACAACUAGUGCACAUAUUGUAAAGGCAGCUCUGCAAGCGGUAUGCUUUCAGACGAGAGACAUUUUGGAAGCUAUGAAGAAGGAUACUGGUUUGGUGUUGACAAAGUUGUUAGUUGACGGUGCAAUGACGAAUAACAACUUGUUAAUGCAAAUGCAAGCUGAUAUUUGUGGAAUUCCAUCAGACCAUUAAUGAGUGAAACUACUGCACUUGGAGUCGCAAUUGCUGCG